UCCAAAACAAGUGGACGUGUUGUUGUGGAUGCGCUAUUGGUCGUUCCAAAUGUUUUCAAUCAUUAAUAGCGUUUCCUCAAACGCGUUGCACUUCUUUAUACAAUAAAUGUAAACCUUAUCCAUCUCCUCAAGUAAUUGCACAAUGGCAUCUGGAAGCGGUAAGGAGGCUCCGAAAGAAGGGGACUUCAGGAUGCCUGGCCUUAGAGGAGCGAAGACCACCACGCUUUUCCGAGCUGUCAACCCUGAGCUCACGAACAAGCCAGUGAUGGCAUUUGGACUUGUGACAAUCACCUUGUGUGUGGGCUACCUGGGAUACCAUCAUGCCACCAAAGAGAACGACCAGAAGCUGUAUGAAGUUAUUGACAGUGAAGGGGAGGAAAACGUCUAAAUGGGACUGAUCAAAUCAGAUGUGCAAUAUAUCCUGAACAUUAUUGUAGUAAAAAAUGGCUUGGCCUGAAAGCACUGGAUCUAUGUAAUGACGAUGGUUAUUAUAUAUUGUUACAAUUAGGCAAUAGCUCUUGGAUUAAUUUCUGAAACUAUUGAAAUAACAAUUUACCAUAGAGUAAGGGUAAGAAUGUAAAACUCAUAAAAGCAUAUUGAGCAAUUAGCAAUCAUCAUCAAGCAAGGAGCUGAAUACCCAAGUCAUAGACGCGCUACUGAAAACUGACGAUAGUAUUGUAACAACCCUGGGUUUAUAUGCGCUGAUAUCGACUCUGCCGCAUGAGCAUGCUUUUGCGGCACGGUCGAUGGCGCACUGGACUUCGAGCUAGAAAGUCGAAGGUUCUGCU